AUGCUCCGGUGGAAAAAAGUGAUUGAUCCGGCUAGGCUGGCACGGCGGAUUUUACAACUGUUGCACCCGAACAUUUCCUGUUUUCGCCACGAAGCACUUGAGACAACUCCGGCUCCGCCCACUCCUUCUCUCUUUUUUGGCCAAAAGAAGGGAGAUUUGUCGUCCUCUGCUCGGCUGCUCGUCGUCGGUUUCUUUUCUAAUUACUCGGCCUCCUUUUCUGCCUAUUAUCAAGCAAGUCUGCGCGGAAUUGGGACGUCCUUCGCGGCUGUGUUCAACGGAAUCUUGUCUCUGCAAGCUUCAGUGGGAUUGGAGUCAAGUUCUGUCGGUUCUGGCAAGGCGCAUCCAUGA